AUGCCUAGCCCUAUUGUGGGGACAUGGCAUGCCAGUGGUUUCUAUGGCAACUUCAGAAGCAAAUGCAGGAGUGACUUCACCCAAGAGUAUCGUAAAGCAGCCCGGCCACUACCUCCUGAUCGCUUUCUACAGAGAUUGAAGGAAACCCCUUCCAAGCACAUAUUCUCCAAGCACGACAACAGACAUGCCUUCUCAGGAUCAGCAACAUGCUUUGAGAACGGCUUAGGAAGGAGGAGAAUAGAAGGGAGCCUGCCCAGCACUCAGAACCUCAUUGACUGGAUGCCCCUGAAGGAGGAGCUGCAACGCGAGAGGCCGCUCCUCUCAAGCUACCAGGCUGACUUCCGCUCCAGAGACAGCGUCCCCCAGAUGUUAGUUCGUCACACCCGAGCACAAGGGCAGCCUCUCUAUCGCACACCCAGUACCACCUACCAGCACAUGUAUCGAAGCUACUCCUUCCGUGACCCCAUCCUCGGGGUGGCAGCCAAAGAACCUGAACUCAUCAUGCCUGCCCUUCCCACUUCAAGUGAGUCCACCGCUGCCACUUCAAGUGAACCUGCCACCACAGAUGCCGGGAGAUGCACAGAAACCCUUGCACCAGGACCCUUUUACAGGCGCUGUGCACUCCACAGCCCAGCACAACUGACAGUGUCUGACUGCUUGCACUGGUACAAUUGUUGA